AAUGGGCCGGUGGACGGAGUUCCGAGGUGGGUUUGUAGCGGCGAGCCGAAGUCGCGGCAGCGUGCAAGGCUUCAAGCGUCGCGUUUUCUUUUUCACUGCCUCUCGACACAGUGCCGGAAGAAAGAGCGCUAAUGAACGCGUGCUCCGCUUUGCAUAAAUCGAUAACGAGCUCUCGUCAAAGGAGCUGCCGAUUGGAGACGCCGUGGGACCAGUCAUUCUCCGAGGCAAUUAAACGGCUCGAUCGUACGCACCGCCUUACAAGAAGCAUUCAUUUUGCUCCUUUUCGUCGAGCCCCGGCCGAGUCGAACCUCUUUCAAUCCUGACUGGGAAGCCGACGGCCGCCGCGGACACGGGAGGAGGACUGCGUUGGUCGAACAAGUAAAGAUCCAAAAGCGCGAUGCCAGCGAUGCCUUCCAGAAGUGGGCCAGCGCGGUUCGCCGGGAUCGUGCGGAGAGUGAGCGCGGGCUAAUGGUCGCACCCUGACGAAGCUUCUGGUCGCCGGAGGUCAGCGAACCGGCCGAAAAGGAAACCCACCGUCGAAGACCGCGGGCAGCGAGCCGUCCAGCAGCGAAGCGCCCGGCUGGUUCCCCACCUCGGACCCCCUUCUCUCUUGUCGGCAAGCCUCCGGAAACGGAAACGGAGUGCUGCGAGUGUCGCCAUUUCGUCGGUCCCUUCGUCGCUGAAUGUUUUGUCAACAGUCCCGGAAUCCGAAGGCCCCCAGCUUCUCCGGGUUCCAGCUCCGGGCCCAGCCGGCCUAGCAAUGUGCCCCGUACUCGCUUCCAGACGCCGAGGAUGGCGCUGACGGGGCAUGGACAUCAAGGAGCUGGUGCGGUCGCUGUCGGAUCCUCACUCGGAGAACAUGAAGGCUUGGACCGGGGGCCUGGGACAGCUGGAGAGGCUUCUUGAGAACACGUGCGGCGGCCGAGGCCCCGAGUCUGCGGGCUCGGACAUGUUCCCGGGCUUCCCAAGCACCAGUUCGUCCCAGGCUGUGCCGAGCCCCGCCCCGCUGAACCCAGGUGGCCAGAACCCCAACCCCUGGUUCCACCAGUCGCCUUUUUCCAUGGGCGGGGACAUGCACCCCCCCGCCCCCUCCUCGGGCUCCCCCUACUGGCUGCCGCACCCACAGUACCCGGCGGCCACCAGCGAGCCCCACCAGCCCCGCUACCAGGGCGGCAACGACCUGUACCCGGGCUCGGCCGCACCCUGGUGGCUCGGGGCCUCCGGCACGGGCCUGCCUUCGUCCCAGUACUUUCCGGGUCCCCCGACCGGGCGGGGUGACCACGUGCCCUUCCAGCCGUCCCCGCCGUCCCCGCAGAAGGGCGGUGGUUACCUGCAGCACUCCCUGGCGGGGCCGCCGGCCAAUCAGCAGCACCCGCUUGCGGGGCCCCCAACCAAUCAGUCGCACCUGCAGCCUCCCGAGCAGCCGGCGCCCAUGGGGCUGCACCAGCGGACUCUUCCCUCGUCGUCCCCCCUUUUGGGAACCGGCAUGGGGCUCUCCGGGCAGACGGCGUUCAGGGGGCAGGAGGCGGGCUCGGCGGGGCCCAUGGUCCCCCAGGGGGCUCCGCCUCAGCAGCAGCACUUUGGGCAGGAGCAGGGCCGGUACGAGGCCCCGCCCCCUCAGGCCCCGCAGGCGGGGUUCCGGGCGGAGGGUGGGGCUUGGCCCCCCCAGGAGGCGCCGCCCUCGGCCAAGCGCCCUAAGGCAGAGGAGGAGCCCAAGCCCGAGGAGAAGGCGUCCUCCUCGGGUACCUCCAAUGAGGGUACACCCCGCAAGAAGGGGCGCCGCAAGAGGGAUGAAGCCAAGAAGAAGAAGCACGAGGUGCCCCUCGACCCCAAGAAGGGCCUGCAGCGCAAGAAUAUCCGGGACAUCAAGAACGAGAUGGAGCUGGACGAGGUGACGCUGAAUGCGCAGAAGGAGGAGCAGGAGCGCAUGAAGCGGCUGCAGGAAGCCCGGCUGCGGGCCCUGCAGCAGCAGGGGAGCCACCUGGGGCCCAUUGCCCUGGGUAGCUCCAGCUCCAGCUCGAGCAGCGACAGCAGCAGCGACGAGGCCGACGACAGCUCCGACGACGACGUGGACGUGCCGCCCCUGCCACCGGGCGACGUGAUCGACAUCUCGUCGUCGGACGAGGGCAAGCUUCCCCAGGAGGAGGAGGAUGACGAUGUGGUGAUGGUGGUGAGCGAUGAGGGCGAGGAGGAGGAGAAGGCGGAGGAGCUGGGGGGUGACGGCUCGCAUGUCAACGACGCCCUCAACCAGCCAGACCCCCUCGGCAGGGUGCUGGUGAACGUGGGCCACCCGCCCGAAGACCCCGAUGUCUUCCUCGCGCCCCAGCUGGCGCCCCUCGUCAAGCCGCACCAGAUUGGCGGCAUCCGCUUCCUGUUCGACAACGUGGUGGAGAGCGUGGGGCGCUUCGACACCUCGAGCGGCUUUGGCUGCAUCCUGGCGCACAGCAUGGGCCUGGGCAAGACGCUGCAGGUGGUGUCCUUUGUGGACGUGCUGCUGCGCCACACGGGGGCCAAGAAGGUGCUCUGCAUCACUCCCAUCAACACCAUCCAGAACUGGCUGGCCGAGUUCGACAAAUGGGUGCCCGCCCCCGAGGUGGCCCCAACCUCGGUGCGGCCCCGCUCCUACCAUGUCUACCUCCUCAACGACAUGUACCGCUCCACCCCCGCCAGGGCGGACCUCAUACUGGACUGGCACAACAAGGGCGGGGUUCUGCUCAUGGGCUACGAGAUGUACCGCAUGCUGGCCCUCAAGAAGGUGUCGCGCCCCAGCAAGCGGCGGAGGCGCAAGGAGGAGCCCGAGGACGACUCCCGCCACUCCCAGCUGCUCCAGGACGUCUACCAGGCCCUGGUGAACCCCGGCCCAGACUUGGUGAUCUGCGACGAAGGCCACCGCAUCAAGAACUGCAACGCUAGCACCUCGGCCGCACUCAAGAGCAUUCGCACCAAGCGGCGCAUUGUGCUGACGGGCUACCCGCUGCAGAACAACCUGCUGGAGUACUGGUGCAUGGUGGACUUUGUGCGUCCCUCGUACCUGGGCACCCGGUCGGAGUUCUGCAACAUGUUUGAGCGUCCCAUCCAGAACGGCCAGUGCCUGGACAGCACCCCCAAGGACCGGCAGCUCAUGCGCUUCAGGGCCCACGUGCUGCACAGCCUGCUCCAGGGAUUCGUGCAGAGGCGCGGGCAUGCGGUGCUGCGUGACGCCCUUCCCCGCAAGGAGGAGCACGUGCUGCUCAUCCGCAUGACCCCGAUCCAGCGCACCCUCUACCGGGAGUUUGUCAAGGAGUUCCUGCACAACUACCGGGCCACCAACCCGCUCAAGUUCUUCGCCGUCUGUUGCAAGGUGUGGAACCACCCGGACAUCCUGUUCCACCUGGUGCAGGACAAGAAGAGCGAGGGCGCCUUGGACAUCGACCUGGACAUUGACCUUCUGGCACCCCCGGGGUCCAAGGACCCCAUGGGCACGCGUGGCACUGGCCAGCCAGGGGUGGACCCCUCGGACAACCCAUACCCAUUUGCGGCAGAGACCAGCGGGAUGUGUGCAAGGGCCCCCAAAUACCCCCCGGAACCGGCCGCCUUCCGGGAGAAGUCAGACAACAACAUCAGCUACGAAUGGGCGUACCCACUGCUGGAGCAGUAUCAGCCAGACCAGCUAGAGAACAGCCACAAGUUCCUGGUGCUCAUGACCAUCCUGGAGCAGACGCUGGGGGUGGGCGACAAGCUGCUGGUGUUCAGCCAGUCCCUGUCCACCCUGGACCUGGUGGAGCGCUUCCUGGGGCAGCGGGAGGUGCCCCUAAGGCCAGGCCUGCCCCACGGGGACAAGUGGGCCAGGGGACGCAACUAUUUCCGCUUGGACGGCAGCACGUCGGCCCAGGAGCGCGAGAAACUGAUCAACGAGUACAACGCCAACGCGGGGGUGAGCCUGUUCCUGCUGUCGACGCGGGCGGGCUGCCUGGGCAUCAACCUGACGGGGGCCAACCGCAUCGUGGUGCUGGACGCCUCGUGGAACCCCUGCCACGACGCCCAGGCCGUGUGCCGCAUCUACCGCUACGGCCAGGCCAAGCCGUGCCACAUCUACCGCCUGGUGUGCGACAACUGCCUCGAGAAGCGCAUCUACGACCGGCAAGUCAACAAGCAGGGCAUGUCCGACCGCGUGGUGGACGAGAUGAACCCAGAGGCGAACCUGACCUGGAAGGACGUGAGCACGCUUGUCCAGGACAAUGAGGACGACCCUCCUGUGCAGGACCUUUCCGCCUCGGCUGGGGGAUACUCAGACUCCGUGCUGCGCACCCUCUCCGUCGAGUACUCCCAGUGCCUCACCAAGGAGCCCUUUGAGCACGAGUCCCUGCUGCUGGACCGCAAGGACCUGAAGCUGACCAAGUUCGAGAAGCGACUCGCCAAGCAGAGCUACGAGCUGGAGAAGAGGGCCACGCUGCACGGCGGACGCAGCUACGUGCACAGCGCCGCCUACACCAACGGGUACCAGGGCUGGCAGAACCGGCAGCAGGGCAACGUGACGUUUGUGGGGCCCGCCCAGACUACGCCGUCGCCCUUACAGCCGGCCUCCAACGGGGACAUGCCCAUCUGGGGCAGCCCCAACGUGAUGCAGUCGCUGCUGCGCCAGGGCAUGACCGUGCAGCGCAUGCGCGUGCCCGCAAAGGUGACCAUCCCGCUGAACAACUCCGCGGACCCCCCCGUGGAAAUCCCUCCGGGCACGGAGAUCCUGGUGAUGAAGACCCCCAAGGGGGUCUACCUGAGGAUUCCCGACGGACGCAUCAUCGCCGUCCGCAUCCCCGGGAUCGGAGAGGCCGGCCCGCAGUCGAGUGAGGGCACCAGUGCUGGCGCUGCAGCCCACUCAGGAAACAAGCAGAGUUUUGGGAUCGUGCAGCCCUCGCUGCAGUGCGGUGGCCGAGUGCAGCUGUCGGGGGCGGCCGGGGCGGCGUGCCAGAGCAGGGCGGCUCCCGAGGUGAUCAACCUGGACGACGACAGCGACCUGCCGGACGAGGACUCGAGCGAGGAGGAAGGGGCACCCCCGCCGGCUAACAAUGGGGCGGCCGCCAAGACCCCGUCGCCCCCCCUGGUGCAGGAGGGACCGCUGGCCGUGUGACGACGGCCCCCGUAAGGAUCUGUGCCGGGCCAAGAGCUCCCGGCACGCCACUGGGGCACUUGUGCCGACGGGGCGUCAGUGCUGGCGGGGCACUUGCACCGACGGGGCAUCAGUGCUGGAAGGGCACUUGCGCCGAUGGGGCAUCAGUGCUGACGGGGCACUUGCGCCGAUGGGGCGCUAGUGCUGGCAAAGCACUGACGUCGACGUGGCUCCAACGACAACGCAGCUCCAACGCCGACGCGGCGCCAGUGCCGACAGGGCACAGACAUCGACGGGGCACCGACAGCCGGCUGCAUCAAUGCCAACCUGGUGCCGUCUCACACCGGCAGAUGUAGGACAGCGGCCAACGGCGGACUUUGCCCUGCGUCUGCCAGCGGAGGACGUCCACCGGUGGUUGCGGAGGACCGGGGGACAUUUUUCGCAGAGUGUGGAAGACCCCGACGGGCGACGCGGAGGCGAUGUGCGCAGCUGUGUGCAGUGGACCGGUGUGCCAGUGCUGUGGCAGUAUUUAUUUCGGGACCCUAGGGACAAUUAUACCGGCAGGCAUGCCGCCGAUUCCAAGACUCGAGGUGGGGGGACGCAGCGUGUGGGUAGGGUGCCACCAGUAUUUAUUUGUCUCGCGUGGCUGCAAAGAAGGCAGCCUAGACCUUCAACAUUCCCUCAAUCCCCUCGUCCCCUGUGACUUUGAUGACAUUAAACAUUUUUUUUUUCAUUUGGA